AUGGACACAAUGUAUAUCAUGGACACAAUUGCACAAAAUGGGAACUUUGGUAUAUUUCCAAUUGUUUUUGGCGCGGUGGAUUCAGAAAAUGACGAAUCUUGGGAAUGGUUCUUUAAACAAUUAAGCAAUGUCAUACCGGAUGACAGAGGACUUGCCAUUAUCUCAGAUAGGCACAUAGCAAUUGGAAACAUCAUAGGAAAGGUGUACCCUCUAGCAACUCGCAGAAUUUGCACUUACCAUCUGUAUAAGAACAUACUCCAAAGGUUUAGAGGUGGUGAGUCGUUCCGGCUUAUUAAAAAAGAGGCAAAUGCUUAUCGAAUAUAUGAUUUUAACGCCAUUUUUGAAGAGAUUCACCAGGUGAAUCAUGCCCUUCAUGCACAUUUGCAAAAGGCUGAUGUACGGUGCUGGACGCGAGUUUAUUUCGACAAAGAUAAGUACAACUUCACCACAACUAACAUAGCUGAGUCAAUCAACAAAGUACUGUCCGAGGCUAGAAGCUUGCCUAUUAUGCAACUUAUAGACGCAAUAAGGUCAAUAUUGACAAGAUGGUUUGCAGAGUGGCGUAAUGAUGCAGGACUAAUGAAAACCGUCUCAACAUGUGGCAUUGAGAAAUUGCUUGCGGGUCACGUAGAAAGGUGUAAGGAUCUAACAGUCCAGGAGAUUGAUGCCCACCAAUUUGAAGUCGGUGGUGGAGCAUAUGUUAAUGUUGUCAAUUUGAUUGCACAGAAAUAUACAUGUCGUAUGUUUGAAUUGGACAAGAUACCGUGUAUACACGAUAUUGCGGCUGCGGAGGCAAAAAGAGCUUCACCAAUUUGGCUAUGUUACAAAUACUAUCACACAAACUAUCUUAGUAACGCAUACGCGGCAUCCAUCAGCCAAGGGAUAGACAAUCACCUGUUCCGCAUAGGUAGAAGCAAAGAUAUGCGUACCUUCCUCAUUAUGCCAACCUCCAGGAAGGCCAAAGAAGUGCAGUUUAAAUCAGCCAUGUAA